ACCGAUGGAGGAGAGCAGUAAAUUGUAUAUGUGCAGAGAAGUGUAGAGGAUCCAAAGGUGGUAACACAAUAACCUGUUUGACGAUUUGGUCGGUCCGCGUCGGACUAAGUCGGACUAUUUGGAAAAUUUAUAUAAGACAAGGCGUCGCCAGCGAAAUCCCACUGUUGUCAUCCGAGUAAUCAAGAUGUUAGUAUUUCUGAUCUUCGCGUUUUUCGCAUCCACAUCCCAAGCGGGAUAUGCAGGCAGCUCUUCCCAGAGCGAUAAUGGAGUUGGACAAGGAUACGGAUUUGGAGGUUCUUUCAGCGGUGGUGCUCCUCCGAAUUUCCCCGUCUUCGAUUUCAACAACUUCCUAUCAAGCUACUUCGAAUCGUUGAGGAAGUACCACGAGCAGUUUGCUAACAACAUACAGCAGAACGUAGCAGCCGGGUACGGACAACCCGGAGGUUUCUCAUCUUCCUUCCCUGCAGGAGUUCCGGGAGGUGAAGGCGCCUCUGCUUCAGGCUCCAUAGGUCCAGGUGGCGGAUAUCAAUCAGCCGGUGUCUAUCCUGAGAAUCCAAACAAUCCUAACAUCUUCAAUAGGUUUGGAGGUGGCGAAGAGGCCCAAAAGCCCAACGGCUUCUAUGGCGUUUUCACAUCCAGUCAUAGCUCCACCAGCGACGUUGAUGGUAAGAAGACAUCCGCGCACGAGGCCCAAACCACAAUCAACGACAACGGCAAGGUGACCACUUACAAAGUGAAAAACCCCUAGAUGUCACAACGCAACUACUUAACUUCUUUAUUUUUGUAACUAAUUUUAUUUGCUGGGUUUAAUAUAUUGAAAGGAAAGCG